AUGACGCGUGGCGAGUUUGGCUUCGCUGUGCCCCACACGCGCGCACGACAGAUGAAGCGCCUCCACGUGGAGAUGCGGCCGCAGGAACGACGAAUCCCCGAGAGGAAAAGCCUCAUCCACUCCACGUGGCCGAGACACAGGAAAUUAAGGUGUAUUUGUGCGUUAGUCGACACCAUGGCUGAUUAUUACGAGAACCGUCCUGUAGAAGACGAGGACAAGGACGAUGACGUGGAUCCUGACGUGGGCAACGCUGCGAAAGAGGAUGCUGAGAAGCUGUCCGAGGGCCUGCCACGUGUCCUGAUCGUGUCCCGACGGACGCUUCGCAAGAACAAGUUCGUCGAUUUCGUAGGUGAAUAUCACCUCGAUCUGAUCGUCGCGUACGGCGCAGUCCCCGUGAUCGUGCCACGUGUCCCGGGCGUGGCGUCCCUGCUGGACGCGUUCGAGCCAAUCCACGGCGUGCUGCUGUGCGAGGGAGAGGACAUCGACCCGGAGCUCUACGACAGCCAGCUCACUGCUGACCUGUCACCCGAGGAAAUCGCGGAGAUCCGCGCCGCGCACGCCAGCGACACUGCGAUCGACAAGGCCAAGGACUCCAUUGAGUUGUCGCUCGCGCGGAGGUGCCUGGAGCGGUCGAUUCCGUACCUCGGGAUCUGCCGCGGGAGUCAAGUGCUCAACGUGGCGUCUGGAGGGUCUCUUUACCAGGACGUGGAGACGGAGGUCACAUCGCGCAAGGGCCUUGACUUGAAGCACAUUGACUACAAUGACUAUGACGGGCAUCGCCACCCCAUCUAUGUGGUGCCGGAGACGCCACUGGCGGAGUGGUUUGAGGGGUCGCUGGAGAAGAGCCGUGAGGCCACUGGGGAGAACGAGCUGCUUGUCAACAGCUACCACCACCAGGGCGUGAGAUUCCUGGCAUCUCGGUUCCGACCCAUGGCGUUUGCAGCAGAUGGGCUCAUUGAAGCCUUUUACGACCCGGACGUGCACUGCCCGCCCCGAGGAGGCUUCUUUGUGGGGCUGCAGUUCCACCCGGAGCGAAUGAGGCGCUUCCAGGACGGGGAGGUGGCGCCUGGGGGAGGGCCCAGCUCCCCUCGCGAGGUCUUUGAGUACCCCGAAUGUCCCAGGGCGUACCAGGUGCGUCUUAUGCUGAUUACUCUAUUCCACCCUGGGCACACCAGGUGCGUUCUCUGCUGGAUACUCUGCCUAGUGAAGGGUCCAGCUCCUCUGCGAGGGGGCUUCUUUGUGGGGCUGCAGUUCCACCCGGAGCGCAUGAGGCGCUUCCAGGACGGGGAGGUGGCGCCUGGGGGAGGGCCCAGCUCGCCCCGAGAAGUUUUCGAGUAUCCCGAGUGCCCCAGGGCGUACCAGGUGAGUUCUUUAGUGCUUGCCCUGCUGCCGGUGGUGGUGUCUUUCUGUUGCUCCUUGGGUUCCUCAAACGUGUGCCAUUCCAAGCUGUCUUUCCCUGGGGGAGGCUUCAGCUCGCCCCGCGAGGUGUUUGAGUACCCCGAGUGUCCCAGGGCCUACCAGAGCUUCCAUGCCGCCAAGGUGGUGUACGAGGAGCGGGUGGUGCUGCGCCGCAACGCCACGGAGAAAGGGGGGACGUCGGCGCUUGCUGCUAUUAGAAGAGAGCAGGCGGGCGGGUCGGCUGGUGGGUUUGGAGGGCUGCCGACGCUGCCAGAGGAGAAGCAGGAGCUGGCGAUUGGGGCUUCAUUCCUCAAGGAGCUCACGCCCCUAUCAGGGCAGCAGGUGAAACGGCUAUCGCAGGUGGGUGCCACAGUGCGCAACGCGUCCCACAUCAAGGAGGAGCUUGAACGGCGACGAAACCAGCGGUCGGCAGCGCGGGCGGCGUUAGAGGCGCUGCACACAAGCGAGCUGGAGGAGAUGGUUGCGUUCCACAGGCGCAUGGCUGCCUCUGCUGAAGAGGUGCUGGAUGCGAGGAAGAAGGCGAGAGGAGAGGCAUAG